AGGAUCGGCUCUCGGCUUCUUUGUCACUUACUGUUGGUUUGCUUUCCUGAAAGCCAUGUCUGGCCGAGGCAAAGGCGGGAAGGGCCUAGGCAAGGGGGGCGCCAAGCGCCACCGCAAGGUGCUGCGCGACAACAUCCAGGGCAUCACCAAGCCCGCCAUCCGGCGGCUGGCCCGGCGCGGCGGCGUCAAGCGCAUCUCCGGCCUCAUCUACGAGGAGACCCGCGGGGUGCUCAAGGUGUUCCUGGAGAACGUGAUCCGGGACGCCGUCACCUACACGGAGCACGCCAAGCGCAAGACGGUCACGGCCAUGGACGUGGUGUACGCGCUCAAGCGCCAGGGCCGCACCCUCUACGGCUUCGGGGGCUAACUUGCCGGGUUUCGCCACCAGAAUGUUUCAUUUCUCAACCAAAGGCCCUUUUCAGGGCCACCCAACUGUUCACAAAAA